UUUGCAAAAGCCCUGGAAAAAGAACCAGAAAACCCAGAAUUUAACUCCGGCUAUGCAAUCACAAUAUAUCACCUGGAAGAUGAAAAUUUUGCCAAAAACCCUUCAGGGAAAGAGUCAUCCCUGGAACUUUUGAAGCGUGCAGUGGAACUGAAUCCUGAUGAUGUAUUCAUUGUUCCUCUACUUGCAGUAAACCUUCAAGAAACAGACAAAAUGGAAGAAGGAGAAAAGUGGAUUAAAGAAGCCCUCCAAAAGCACCCUGACAUUCCUUAUGUAUUAAGGUACGCUGCCAAAUUUUACAGAAAGAAAGGAGAUCUAGAGACAUCAUUGCAACAUUUGAAGAAAGCAUUGAGCUUGACCCCAAACUCUGCAUUCAUGCACCAUCAAAUUGGCCUUUGCUAUAGGGCACAGUAUUUAGUGAUGAAACAGGAAAGCCGGUAUGACAAGUGCCAAGCCAAGGAUAAAAUGGAGGAAUUGAAGAGAUUGUGCAUUUUUCAUUUUGAAAAAAUGGUGGAGUGUAACCCCAAUUUUUUCUAUGCUAAUCUUGACCUUGCGAAGAGAUAUGCAGAAGAAGGACAGCUACAGAAAGCGGAUGAAACAUACCAGAAGUUCCUUACCAUAAGCAACCUAACUCCUCCAGAGAAGCAACAGCUCCAUUUCAAAUAUGGGCGUUUUCAAGGAUUUUACAGAAGGUCACAAUCAGAAGCCAUCAAACACUACCUUGCAGCGCUGAAGAUUGAAUUUGACUCUUCUGAGAGAGAUAAAUGCCAGUGUAUAUUGAAGAAAUUGAUGGAGAAGAAAAUCAGGAAAGGAAAAGCCAAUGGUGAGGAUUUCGCCAUUCUUGGAUUUAUUCAUCAGCUCAAUGGAGAAAUGGAACAAGCAGGGGAAGCCUAUCGAGAAGCCUUGAACAUUGGUCCUUGGAAUGAAGAAUAUUUCAGUGCAAUUUUGGAAUGAAGAAUAUUUCAGUGUUGAAUCUUUCUUCGUAA